UGAAUCAUUCACCGAAGAUAAAAGACACGCUGUUGGCCUUAGAAAGAGAGAGAGAAAGAGAGAGAGAGAAGAUCAGCAGUGGUUCCCUCCUUCUUUUCCAUUCACUUCCUCUCUCCUUCUGUACUGAAGAGACCUCUGCUCAGCCUGCACUCGCCUUUCUUUUUGAUGCGGGGCACAAGAAUCUGAUAUCUGUCACACAAAGAUCACAGCAGAUCACAUGCAGUCGCAGCAAAGUGCGGAAGUGGUUGGCGACCCGAAUGGCUCCCAGAUUGCUUUCUCUGGGGAGUCCGGAGUUUCCUCAAGUCAGCACAUACUAACUGCUCCAGAUCUGAACGUUGAGGUGGUCAUCUCUCCUGGACUCCCUACUCCUCCUCUGAGCCCUUAUCGCUCUGCGAGGCUGCCAUCCGGAGAGUUCAAGGUGUCAGAAGUGAAUGGAGGAGGUCCAGGGACUCCCAGCUUUGGAUCGUACUAUGGACCCUCACAGUCGUACGGUGGGCUGUCCAAUGGCGUUCAGGGCUCUUCCACUUUACCACGCAGCUGGGCUCCCACCAGGGAGGAGAGGCUGAUCAAGUUCUCAGGAAUCGGUCCGGUGGAUGAGACCGGGAUGCCCAUCGCCUCCAGAUCAAGUGUGAACAAACCCAGAGACUGGUACAAGAGCAUGUUCAGACAGAUUCACAAAAAGCCAGAGGAACCUGAGCUGGAGGAUUCAGAGCGGUGGUCAGCUGAACGACUCGGGUUAUCUGCCAACACAGAGCAAAGUAAUGAAGCAGACAAGGAUCUCUUCAGACUAACACCUUAUGGAGCUCUACCAGACUGGAGCGAGGAUGUAGAUAAGCUGUCAGACCCAGGAAAGCAGCACCGUCAGCCGAAAAGCAUAUUCGACUUCGAGCCUGGAAAAAGCACCACCUCAGAAAGCCACAGCCAGGCUUAUCUGUCUGCAAAGAAACAACCUGAGAAACCAAAGUCCCCUUCAAUCGAGGCCAGUCUGGUAUCUGAGCUGAGUCGAUUUGAGGCUGAGCUGGACUCGGACAUUCUGGGCCUGGAGAGGAGACUUUCCCAGAAGAAGCAGCAGCGUCGAGGCUGGGGUGAGGAGGAAAGAGGCAGGGAUCCAGUAGCUGCUCCAAAGACUGGCAACACAAACUACAGCAAUUCAUCAGCAUCAAAGCAGCCUGUCCGUCGCCCUGUUGGCACAUCAGCAGCAUCUGCUCCCACAUAUGUAGAACGUCUUUCUCCUGCAUAUGAAACCAUGGAGCUCCCAUCUAAAAAAGAGGACAAGAAGAUGAAAGCAGCGCGAGCCAAAUUUAAUUUCCAGGCUCAGUCACCCAAGGAGCUCACGCUGCAGAAAGGCGACAUUGUUUACAUCCACAGGCAGGUAGAUGCCAACUGGUUUGAAGGAGAACAUCAUGGAAGAGCUGGCAUUUUCCCCACAACUUAUGUGGAGAUUCUGCCUCCUACAGAGAAGCCAACACCUAUAAAGUCCCCCACUCUUCAGGUGUUGGACUACGGGGAAGCUGUGGCUCUCUAUAACUUCAAUGCUGAUCUACCUGUUGAACUUUCUUUUCGUAAAGGUGAGCUGAUCAGCAUAACCAGACGUGUUGACGAUAAGUGGCUGGAAGGCAGGAUCUCAGGAACAAGUCGGAGUGGCAUCUUCCCGGCCAGUUACGUCCAGGUCAACAAGAUGCCCCGCACCAAAUACUCCACGGAUGACUACUCACCGGGCCCCAUGUCCCCCAUCUCCCCUGGACCCCAAAGUCCAGGACGUCCACUCCACUCCCCCUGCUCGCGGUCACCGCUGUCCCCUUUCACGCCCCCUUCACUGAGCCCCAAACCUGAGCACUCCCCCGUGAUGCCGUCCUCACCUGUACCAUACGGCAGCCCGGCUUCACAGUCACGCUCCCCCACCCAGACACUCGCGUUCAAAGAAACGGCUAAUCGUUUACCCCACAGCAUCUCCAAAACCGGCUCCCCCACCAAACAGAACAGCCCCUGGUCCGGGACGCACUCAGCUAACCAGAACUCCUCACCUAGAACGGUUUCACCUUCCACUCAGUCGUCAGCGUCUGUACAAAGAGCCGGAGCUUCCACAGCGAGCACUCCCAGAUACCCUGACCCCUCACAGGGUGCAAUACCAAACCAGACUGCUUCGUCUAAUCCACAUGUCAACUCCCUGCCGCAAAGACAAGCACCAAACAUCCCUGGUUCCACAGUGGUGCAACGCCAACCAUAUAAAGCUGUGUACAACUACAAGCCACAGAAUUCGGACGAGUUGGAGCUCAGAGAAGGAGACAUUGUGCAAGUGAUGGAGAAAUGUGAUGAUGGCUGGUUUGUAGGUACGUCAGAACGGACUCAUGCUUUUGGGACUUUUCCUGGGAAUUACGUGGCACCGGUUUGACUUCCUCACUGACUGCUUGCACACAUCUGCUGGGACUCACAAGAGACCAGCUAAUAAUAAUUUAACAGUCCAAUCACCCACCACACUCCCAGUCCUGGUUUAGUAAAAUCUGCAUGUUCACUGUGUUUCCCGGGAGAGAGGUGAUGGGAGGGACAUUCUGCAGUUUCUCACCUCACCUCCCUGCAUGUGUGCGCACAUGAGUGUGUCCGUGUGUGUUGCACAGAGACUUGGAGAGUGUUUUCACACGCAUCACUUGAGAGGAAAGAAUGAAUGCUGAUGAUACUGUUUCAGAUGCAAAGAAUGGACUUUUUUGUUCCGCAGCUAUUUGCAGCUGCAGGAAAUUUGCAUUCCUUCCCACUGAGCAGCACUGUUCCCUCUGAAGUCCUGAUACAGUGCGAUGCUGCGUUCAGCUGCGUUCACCACAGUGCCAUCACAAACCACUGCUGAUUAUUUGGAAUGUAGAUAAGGAUUUUUCGAGCAUUUUGUUGGAUUAUUAAUAUUUCCUUCAAAUAUUUUCCCCAGAUCCGGAAAAUACCUGGGACAGGUUUUGAGGAAACAACAUGAACAUCUGUAAAUUGUGCUCAGAGUAAAGCACAUUAUGGGCUCAGACAUAUCAAGAUAAGUUUACAGCCUUUCACAAGGAUAUGCAGAAAAAAAAACAGAAGUAAUGCACAAACUGGUGACUUAAGGAAGUUAUUCAUGAUAGAUUGGUUGGAUUUUUGUAUGUUUGUCCCUGUUAAUCAACAGAGUGGAAUGCCAAAAGUGAAAUUAAAGAGAGAUCAUGUUCUGUGCUGUAAUAGUAGCUUCUCUGCUUUGAAGUUAAUUAUCCAACAUCUAUAAGUUGUAUAAGAUCAGCUGUGUUGAAAAGCUAGAAAACAACUCCACAGCAUUGGUUGAAUUAUCUUUUUAAGCAUUUGAAUCAGUUCUAUAUGUGCCAAAACUAAUCUUUAAUGACAUGCUUCUGUUAAACUCUCCACUGAAUGCUCCCGGCUCACUUCGUUUCUGCUACGUUUGCUACUACUGCUUUACAAUGUUUUUGCUGCUUAUGAAGUUAACAUCCUCACUUUGAUAACAGUAUUCAGAAAUAUCACUUAUGUUUUUGCCAGAGAAACAUUUGACGAGUUUGUAAGACUAAUUAAAAACUCCUUAUCAUGAAGUUAUUUUAUAUGAUAUAUUCAUGAUUUCACUGUAAAAAAAAAAAAAAAAAUAAAUAAAUAAUCGUAUUUAGUAAACACAAGAGAUGAUUGUACAGGCUGUUACCAUUUAUCAAACUGAAAGUAUAAUAUAUAUUUGCUGAAAAAACAAUGUGCUACAAAUGUAUGGUACGCAGUUUUUUAAAAAAUCUAUUAAACAUUACAGAGUGAUACUGAAA